AUGAUAGAGUAUGUUUGGUGCUGGUUUCAUUAUUUCUUGGGAAAUGAUGACUUGGUAAGGAAAAGUGCUACACGGACGGUGGUUUCUCGUCAUCAAGGUCGUGACGUCCCCGUUAGACUUGCACAAUGA